UAUUAUUCGUACGUGGAGGAAAAUUCUAAUGCAAAAUACCACGUGUCGUAUAUUGUGAUGAAAAGUUAAAGUUUGGUAGUCGUGGAACAUGUGCUUUUCUUAAAAUGUAUUACAUUAAAACUUAUUAACAAAGGAGCGUUUGGUGUAUCACAAUUACCGGGACCAUCAUAAUGGCAUUGAAGAAAAUUUUAUUUUUGGUUGUUGUUAUUGGAUGCUGUUCGACAUCAUCUAACGCCAAUGACCAGUUGCGGUCGUGCGUAAGUCAGCGCGAUUGCAGGAAGAACGAAUGCUGUGUUGAACAUCCCCUUCGAUAUCCCACCCCAUACUGCACUCGCUUGAGACAGAAAGGAGAGCCAUGUGUGCCUCCUUCAAAGCACAUCAAUUCGAGUGCAGUACACAUUGUCCGAGGUGGUGACCAUCCCUCCUGGAUCAUCUGCCCCUGCAUGCCAACUCUCACCUGCGACUGGUUCUCCGGACUCUGCAGCAGAAAGGGAAUCGUUGUCUGAAAUAAAUAACAGUUAACGUA